AUGGUCACCAUGGGACACGAAUCUAUACCCCUGACAGCCCGCGAAGCUGCUUCCGGCCUUUUGGGAUCAGUGUCCAUGACCUGCUGGAUUUUCCUCCUGGUCCCGCAGCUAAUAGAAAACUAUCGCAAUGGCAACGCCGAAGCUAUCUCCCUCCUCUUCGUCUUCGUCUGGUUCGUCGGUGACGUCGCAAACCUCGUCGGUGGCCUCCUAGCAGGUCUUGUGCCCGUGAUCGUCGCUAUCGCAGUCUACUUCUGCAUCGCAGACGGCGUUCUCAUCGCUCAGUGCCUGUACUACAAGGCGCGCAACUCCCGCCGCCACAUUGUCCACCGCCGACGCUCGUCCACUGAGACUCCCGACCCUACUACCCCGCUCUUGGGUCGUCGUUUCAGUGAUUCACUUGGUCCUAAUGAGUCGCGGCGUCGGUCCUCUGGAUCGCUGCGUGGUCAUCAGGGUAUUGGCCGACGCGAGAGCCAGGUUGAGGAUACCUUGGCGAAGAUUGUCGAGGAGAAUGACUAUGGCCGCAAGGCUUGGACCAAGAACUUUGCCAGUGUUAUAGGUAUUUUCCUUGUUGGUAUGGCUGGCUGGACCAUGGCCUGGCAGACAGGCAUGUGGGCGCCAGCGCCCCAGGAGAAUCACAGUGGUUCUGAGGAGGCUACUAGUGGUUUGGUGUUAGGUUACUUCAGCGCUGUUUGUUAUCUGGGAGCGAGAUUGCCUCAGAUCUACAAGAAUUACAGCGAAAAGUCUUGUGAAGGUCUCUCACUUUUGUUCUUCAUUCUCUCACUUCUCGGCAACUUGACAUAUGGUGCAGGCAUCCUCUGCCAUUCCACGGAGAAGGAGUACUUCCUCACUAACCUUCCAUGGCUGAUUGGUUCCUUGGGAACAAUGGUUGAAGAUGUGGUCAUUUUCAUUCAAUUCCGCAUCUACGCCCCCCAGGAACAGCGUCAGUCGGCGCUUUCAUAA